AACACAGCCACAUAUGAUAGUCUGUUUACAAACUUCAAUUAUCUGGAAGAAGUUUCUUGUUUUUUCCCUCGCCAAAUUGACUGCUAUUUUGAAACAUCCAUAUAUAUUUAAAAAAAACAUUCCAUAUAUUUGUUUUUCUGCUCGCGCUGUCGUUAUGCGGAAAGAGUGCUGCUCUCGUUGCUAUGCGGCGCCGAGACUGUAGCACUGUUACCAGGGAGGGAGGCAGUAACAGGGGUGUAUUCAUUCGUCCAAUUUCGUUGAAAAACGGUUGGUUUCUCAAGUAAACGGUAACAACCCUAAAGGAAGCAAACGGAACUAAACGUGGAGGGACCUACCUGGAAUUGUUGAAAUAUUAACUCUUGUUUUCGAAGCACAACGUUUUGUAACAGAAUCCGACUAAUGAAUACACUCCUGGUCGCGUUGUAUGACGGGAGUGUGGCGCCUAGCAUAGGCUUCGUCGUGCGGCUAUGUCAACGAUUUGAUUUGUAAUCGAAAAUUAAGAUACUACACGACUGGCUAUCCUAUUUCCUUUUUAAUGUGACAAUUGCUCAAUUGAUUGCACUUAGUUAUACAUCAAACCAAGUUGAAUAGCGUGGGAUUGUUUUUACGUGGUAAGGUGAAGUCGGAGUGGGGGGGACGGGGCAGAGUGGCUAGUCGGGGCGGCGGAUGAGUUCGGAGCAUUGCCCGUCGUCGCCGCAGCAGAAGGAAAGGGUCAAGCCAGCAUUGGACAAACGUGAACAAGGGGAGAUAACAUCGAAAACCGUGAAGGAUCAAGGCGGCAUGGUCACCACAAAGGGAGCAGGGCUAAACCCCAAUGCCAAAGUCUGGCAGGAGAUCCCUGUGCCCCAGAGCCAAGUCCCAGAGGAUGCCACGGAGGGCACCCACUGGCUAGAGACUACCCCCACUUCUGCUGAUGUCACUGAGGGUUAUUCAGAGGUUCCCCCAACUGAGGAUAAGGGGUACGGCACGGAGUACUCAGACCCCUCGGACAGUAGUGCCCGUUUACCCACAGAGGGUGUACUGAACGGCAUGGAUCCCCCUGAGCUGGGGUACCCCCUCUAUGACUCUGUGACUGAGUCAGCAGUGGAGGAACAGCAGCCACUCUCUGAAGAGAGCCUGAGAGAGUCUCUGAAGAAACAGCUGGAGUUUUGCUUCUCAAGAGAGAAUCUGUCCAAGGAUCUGUACCUGAUGUCCCAGAUGGAUAGUGAUCACUUUGUCCCCAUCUGGACCAUCGCCAGCAUUGAGGGCAUCAAGGUCCUCACUACCGACAUGGACCUCAUCCUGGAGGUACUACGAGCCUCGCCCAUGGUGCAAGUUGACGAGAUGGGGGAAAAGGUUCGGCCCAAUCACAAGCGCUGCAUCAUCAUUCUGAGGGAGGUGCCAGAGACCACACCUGUAGAGGAAGUGGAGGCCCUCUUUAAGAAUGAAAACUGUCCCAAGGUGAUGAGUGUUGAAUUUGCGGCCAACAACAACUGGUACAUCACAUUCCAGUCGGACACUGAUGCACAGCAGGCCCACAGAUAUCUAAGGGAAGAAGUGAAAACGUUUCAGGGAAAACCCAUCAUGGCUCGUAUCAAGGCCAUCAACACAUUCUUUGCGAAGAAUGGCUACCGUAGUGUACCGAACUCCAGUGUGUACAGCCAGCAGGGCCAGUCCCAGUAUAACUCAACACACCUCUACAUGCAGCAGGUGUUCAGCCCCCAGCAGCAGUACCCACUCUACCCCCUGGUGCCACCCACCUGGAACCCAUCGCCUGCCCCUUACUUCCAGACCCCGCUGGCCCCGUUCCCCAACAAUGGCUUUGUGAACGGCUUCAGCACCCCUGGGAACUACAAGACUGGCACCAGUCCCUUGGGCCUCGGACGACCGCCCUUCAACAGAAACCGUGUCCCCCUCUAUUCUAGAAAGAAUGUAAUCAAUGCCUUCAGGAACCACGCGAAGAGCCAGCCCCGGCCAUGUGACGAGACCCCUCCUCCCUCUGUUACCCCCGUAUCCCCCCUGGUGGAUUGCCUGUCGGGCCCCUCCAGCGCUCUUCCUCCCCGGGCGGCAGGGGCUCCCCUGGGUAGCACCCCCGAGCCUGGCCCUGUGCCCCCCAACCUCAGGGACACCCUGCCACUGGCUGCAGAGGGGAUGCCCAAUGGAGACCUGGGCAUUGCUGGCAGGGGCAGGAGAGGCAGCUACAGAGGGAUGCGGAGGAAGAGAGAGGACGAGAGGAUCACGAGGCCCAUCCCUCUGAGCGAGAUAAAGGUUCCACAGCCCAAGUUUGACCUGGCGACCUCCAACUUCCCUCCUUUGCCUGGGUGUGUGGUCAGCAUGCAGGGAGAGCCCGUGCUAGAGACUCGCAUGUCUGAUGUGGUUCGAGGCCUCAAGGUGACCAGCGACAAGCCUGAUGUGAAUAAGGAGUCUGUGGCCCCUCCUGCUAGUGCCCAAAAGGAGGCUGUGAGUGCGCCCAGUCAGGUCGUGCCGGCCCACAAACCCCCCACCCCUCUGGUUGUGGAGCCCCCUGUUCCAAGUGUUGCUCAUCUGGUGAAGAAAGUGGAGAAGCCUGAGCCUCAUGUCCAAAAAGAGAUGGCUCCACCCCCCACACCACCCUCUUCUCUGCCAACCCACUCACAGCCCGCCGCUGCAACCAAACCUACGCCCACCCACAGUCAGUCCAUCUCCACGGCAACACCAUUUCCCGCCACUACCACACCUGCACCGGAGUCAAGGAAACUGAGCUAUGCUGAGAUGUGCAAGCGGCCAGCCACCCAGCCCCCAGCGCCAAGCACCUCCCCAAACCCUCCCACCUCCCCAGCCAGCCAACCCCUGCGUGAACUGCGGGUCAACAAGGCCGACGAGCCCGCCACCUCCUCCAGCAGCGAUGGGGAUAGGCCUGAGAAACCCGAGCGGCCUGGAGAAGGCCAGCCCCGCCUUGAUCCCCUUGGCUCAUACUGUGGGGUUAAUGGCCCUGCCCGAUCCGGAGGGAUGGGCCUAAAGUACUGGGAUCAGCAGAGAGGUGCGUCCAUGAGCCGCCGCAUCUCCCCCCAGGGCUGGGCCAGACGGAGCGGGAAGGAACAGAACAUUCCCCCCCGGUCACCAAAGUAGUUUAAACAACAACCAACAGACUAACAGAAAAACAAACACAAAUCUAUAUACGUGUGUGUGUAUAUAUAUGUAAAGAGAUAAAUAUAUAUAUAUAUAUAUAUGUGUAUAUAUAUGUAUGUUAUUGGAUGAAAGAACACAUUCGUGGUCUUCAUCUUAAAGACCCCCCUGAAGCUCGGUCGGACAUCCGCUGACCUUUGUUUAGGAAAGACUGCAAGCGGUAAUCAUUUUAAGAGGGGGCCGACACGAGUGUUACAAAUCAUAAACUGAAGGACUUGUUUGAAAGAAUAGCGAGAGAUGCUUACAUGCUGCCUCACCUUGGUUAGCUUGAAGGCUGGGCCCUCCACUGCUAAAUCUAUGUUCAUUUGAUUUCUGUCAGUGGGGGAUGGGGGACAAAUGUACAGUAAUGCCUUGUACCACCAGAAUACUGGUAGUUGCAAAGGGGAAAAAAGGAAAAGAAAAGAGCUGUUAGCAAAUCUAGUCAUUAUGCGACACAGCAAAAGAUGUGGACAUCCACCAAUAUGACAUCGUUAUGAGUUGAUACAUAUGAUGCAAUUUGUUGUUGGAGGGGUUGGCAAGUGAUUAUUUUGGCAAAGGGCUAAGGAUAGUUCAUAAAAUGUGUUUUUAUGUAGGUUGGAAGCGAGAGGGCCACAUGGUUUUAGAGAAGUGCCUGUUUUGAACUGUUCUGAGAGAGAGUGAUUUGGGAAGCCUGUCAAGCUGCAUUUUCUUUUAGGUGAAGAAACAGUCUUGGAUGCCUGUCAGCCAAGAGUCUGGAAUUAUUUUGUGUUCAGAAUCAAUGGGAAAAUAUUAAUUUAUUAGAAUCAAUGAUUUUAUUUUCACGGUUGAUGGACACUUUUGGUAUACCCUUGCUUGAGUAGGACAUUAAAACCUUUACGAUAAUGGUGCUUGGAUACCGUGCAAAUGUGGGGAAAAGUUUGGAUAGUCAGGCUGUCGGUCACUGAAUUAUAUUUUCCACUCCAUGUCCUAUUACUUUGAAACAUAUGGUUAAAUGUUUGAGUUGUUGGUCCCAACUGUCUGCCAAUCCUGUUUAGUUAAAAUAUGCUUUGGUUGGUUAAUGACGAUUGCGCCAACCAUUAGUGCAUAAUCUCUCCAUCCAGGUUCAAGUUCAGUAGGCGCAAGGUACUCUCAGAAGUUUUCCUAUAUGAACUGCUUGCUUUUGUUUUUUUAAGUGGUUUAAGUUUUUUUUAAAAUGUUUUUUAAGUGGUUUGCUACAGUGUGUUAUGAACAUGACCCACCAAUCCAUUGGUUGGGAUUUGAGUAGAUCAGGAAGUGUUGUCAUGGGUAACAGCUCAUGAGAAAGGGAGGAGUCUUCCCUUAGUGAAGGUAUUUGGUAGUUGAGGCAGUCAGCACUCGCAUUGUAGACACCUGACACGUUCACAGUUAUCAUGAAUUUGACCAUUUUAUACGUAGCCUUUUUAAAGGGGCAGUCUGCAGUUGCUACAUUCAUUAUUGGACCUAUUAUUAAUUUAUGUACCAAUUUGAUUCUUCAAGUAUCGAAGCUUUGUUCCACUGUCAUACCCCAUCAGAACCCAAAAUAUAAGCCUGUUUUACUCCAAUGUUUGUAAACAAAGUAAAUGCAGACUAAAUCUAUAUAGCCUCAAAACAUGGUUACAACUGUCAUUUUUAUGCAUCCAUAGCUCAGUCUAUGAAUUUGAGCUGUUACAUUUCUCCAACCCCAUCCCUCAGCUUUUUACUGUAACAGGGUAGGGAGAACGCUUUGUUUCAACUGCUGAUUGUCAUUUUAAGAAGAGUAGUUUUAAUUAUUUGUGUCUUUCAUAAAAGUUUAACCUGUUGUAUUAAUAUGUCUAAUUAAUUGUACCUAUGUGGUCAAAUGCAGGAUACCGGCGUUAACAUAUACCUUCCUAUUUAUGUCUUGAUGGAACAGGUGGUCUUUAUCAUCAAAUAGAAACCUUUCCACCCCAGAUAUCUGGCCAUUUCAACAUGCCAUCAUAUCUGUGCAACAUGUUCCAGAGUAGUCUGCCAUGCAUUUUGGUAGCUCUUGUAUCAUGUAGAAUAGGUUAGAUGGUAUUUUAGAGAAUAGUAAUGGGAUCCCAAGCAUGAAACUAGUCUUUGGUACUAUGUAUUCGAGCUUGCUCAUUUUAAAAUGGCCUGAAUUCUGAAGUCAAGUAAACGUACUCAGUUCUCAUUCUCUUAUUUGUUGGCAUCAGGAAUUAAUCUAUAAAGGAGCUUACUGGUUUAGAGCAGCGAUCACUGGAAUUUUACAUUUUUAAUGCAAAUAAACUUUAUUUUUUAAAACUUUUUUAAAAUAAAUUUGUCAGUAAAGUUCUUCCCCAGCAAGAGUCCGGUUAGUGUUCUGACUUCUCAAUUUGAGUUGAUAACAUGCAGUACCGAACCUGUCCCAGUAUGAGAUUAGGGGUGGCCAGUGGAGACUUCCAGGUGUGGUGAUAACAUGCAGUACCGAACCUGUCCCAGUAUGAGAUUAGGGGUGGCCAGUGGAGACUUCCAGGUGUGGUGUUGGUAGGUGUUUAGUGCUUAUCGUGUACAGAGGGCUGUUUUCUUGUCCGUGAAAUGCUGUCGAACUCUGAUCAUGUCCGUUUUGGGGUUAUCCUUUUUCAAUGUUGCCGUUGAUUCAUUGAGCAGAGAUUCUGAAGGGUGAUAAUGAUGAGUCACGUUAUUUUGGGAUGGGGUUGAGGGCAGAGCGACUGUCGGAUAUUAGAGUUUUGGUGUCUGGCUAACUCAUAGGAUUAUGAUUUAGCUGCUUUUUUCCCUUGUACAUUUCACUUUUGGAUUUUCUCUUUACUGUCUUAGUUUUCUUUUGAUUGAAGAUUUUAAUGCAUAUCUCACGAUUGUUUUAAAUUCCGUACACAUCCAUUGUUUGAAAAAUGGAAGUUUGCGUAAUAUUAGGAGAGUUGACUUGACAUGGGGAGCAUCAACCUUCAGAUCUGUUCCUUUUCUAUGCGCUUGCAAACUCAUAAUUCAGCCUUUGUGUAUUAAUGGAUUGAACACUAUCCAGACCAUAAAUGUAUAGAGAUAAUUAUGUGAAAAUAACUUUUUUUGCAUGGACAUUGUCAUUUUAAAGUAGUCAACUGGGUGGGGAUUCCUAUGGAUUGGGAGCAAUCAACCAAUUAUCAGAGCAUUGACCGCCAACUAGCGGCUACAAUAAAUGAAUUACUCAAGAUUUGUUUCUAGACUUCAACACUGUAGCUGGUGGUAAAAUGCCAAUUUUAGCUUUACACUUUUUUCCAAUAUCAGAAGAAAAUUGACUACUUUAAAUGGAGAUGGCCUCAUUGGCACAGAUACAACAUUGUGAUCUCUAUGAUCCAGACCAAAGUCAAGCAGGCAAAAAGACAACCUUGGGAACUCGCUCCAACACAACUGUUUCUGGGUGGGAUGUGGAGAACUCGUAACCCUCCUACUGUUGGACGGAAAAGCUGUCAGUUAAUUGAUAAUGCUCCCUGUCUCUUGAUUGGCCAGUUAUGCUUGAUUAAUGUAGUCCUAUUUGAGCGAAGGCCACUUGUGUAGGUGGUCUGAAUGUUCUUGUACAGAUUUUGCACCUAGAAGGCUAAUCUUUGGUCAGGUUUUUUUUUUUUUAUCCCUCUAUUAGUAAGCACAUUUUAGAUUUGAGUAAAUCUUUUGAAAGAGUUCCUCAGUUUGACUUUAGUUUUUUUAUGUACUCUGAUGUACCCUUUUUCUUUCAAUGCAUUUAAUUUUUUUUGUCUUUUUCCCAAAAUGUGUGUGUGUGUGUGUGUGUGUGUGUGUGUGUAGUAUUUCCAAAACUGUUAUCUGAUUUGCUACUUGGGUAAAGUGAAAAUUCGGUGCACUGCCUGGGUGCUAGCAGUGCAGUAACAUGUUAUCUAUCUAACCACUGGGCCUAUGUUGUUGUUUUAUAUUUUUACAUCUAUUAAUGGCUAAGUUAAGAGCAGCUAGUGGUGUUGUCGAAUGAAAUGCACUAACUUUUGUUUGAAAAUAAUCUCUGAAUCCUGUAAGGUGUAAAAUCAUUUUAGAUGUCUACAUUGAAGAAAAGGUGUUUAGCAGGUUUGCUGAAAUUAUUACAGGAAUAGGGUUUUAUUUUUCUUUAACUGUUUUGAUUAGUUUUUGUAGCACUUCCCUGCUGGGACAAAGGCGUUGGAGGGGGUGCAGCUGGGACAUGGUAACAUACGAGGGUGGGAUGUGAGACACUGAAUUACUGAUUUAAUAGAUGUCUGAACAAAAACUUAAAAGAAUAAUAAAGUACAAAUAUUUCUUGUUUUUGCCUUAGAUGCUGAUUCUGGGUCCUGUGCUUGCAAUGAUUUUGCCGUCUGUGUAUUUCUAAAUGUUUUGUGUGCGGUGCUCUGUGGUCUUGUCCCCGACAUCUGUGUUAAGUGUGUGUGUGUGUGUGUCCACCAGUUAUACUUUUAACAGUCUCCUUUCUUCAUGUCCAAAUAAAAGUUUCAGGCCAAACCAAAA